AUGGCACUAAAUGGGUCAGAAUUUUCAAAUGGUUUAAUUUGGUUGGAUGAGCCAAAAUCUGUGUAUUACCCUGGCCAACUCAUAACUGGAAAAGUAAAUUUUGAACUGAAUAAUCCACUGAAACUUUUAUAUAUUAAUAUUGCUUUUAAUGGAGAAGCAAAUGUUGAAUGGUCAGAAGAAGAAUUUGAAACUUACUCUGGUGUUAAGAGAAAGAAGGAGGUAAAAUAUGUUGGCCGAGAAGUGUAUUUUGACUUUACCUUAUGUAUUUGUGGAGGAGAAGGAGUGACAGAUCUGCCAACAGGUGCCCAUUCCAUACCUUUUUUGUAUCAACUACCUCCUAACUUGCCCUCUACAUUUGAAGGAGAUAAAGGGCAGAUUUCAUAUAAAGUAACAGCAUCUCUGUUACAUCAAGAUGGUGUUACUAAGGAGAGUAUUGUCAAAAAGUUUAAUAUUGUUGCCCCCUUGGAUUUGAAUACUGAAGAAAAUAAGGAACCAAUACAAAUGGAGUUCGAGGAGUUAUACAGUUGUAACUGGUCGUGUACAUCGCGACCGCUCUACAUAUCUAUACGAGCGCCUCACAGUGGGUACUGUCCCGGAGAGAGUAUACCGUUCACUGUGGACGCCAGGAAUGAAGCUAGCGAGGAAGUUACCAAGAUUAUAUUUGAAGUAAUAAAGCGGACGCGAUAUCUCAGCCAACAACCGAUUUCGUCGGUUAUCCUGCCAGACGAACUCGUAGUUUCAAUGAAGAAAGGCCCUAUACUGAGCAAAACCAAUCGUCAAUACGUUUUUGAUUUAAAAUUACCGGAUUUCAUUGCUCCGAAUCUAGACAGCUGUGGUAUUAUCGAUCUUGGAUACUUUUUAAAGGUCAGAAUGAAGGUUUCCGGCUGUAAUGAAGACUUAUUGGGCGAAACCAGCUUGUGUCUUGGGCUAGUGCCAAUAGGCAGUACUGCAGAUGUAAAAACCACUCAUCCGAUGGCUGAUUGCCUUCCAAUAUCACCAAUACCCGACACCACACAGACACAAUCCUCCGUUAAUGCUGAACCACCGGCGUACAAUAGCGUUUUUGUUCAAAAUUACCCAAAUAACUUACAAAUCUGCCCUCCCGGCCCCGUCCCCUACCCGACAGUAGCGAAUGUGAUCGAUAAGAGCAUGUUCGGCUCAAAAAAUAAUAUCGCAGGCGCUUUUGAGACUCACACGCCACGUAACGUCACGCAAAACUCCGCACCUAUACCCGGUUUUAUAACUUACCCGUAUGUGGCCCCGGGGCAAAAUGAACGGCCUUAUCCUGGCUAUCCCCAGGGGCCGACGCCUUAUCCAAAUGUACCCCAAGAUCAAAACUCCUCGUACAACGGGGCACAGUUCCCAAAUUUACCAACCGGUCAAAAUUACCCCCUCCAACCACUUUCAACCGUGCCCUCAGCGCCACCUCCA